AUGGAUAAAGCUUGGGUCUGGUUACCAAGGAAUAGUCUCGAGUAUGAGCAAGGUGCAACUGAGUUUGUUUUUUCGUCAUCAAGACGAUUGGGUGAUCUAGUUGAAAUGUUCUGCCCUUGCAUUGAUUGCCGCAAUGUCUGCCAUCAAUCAAGAGAGACAGUUUUUGAGCAUCUCGUCAUCAGAGGGAUGGAUCAGAAGUACAAGAGAUGUAAAUAUUGGAGUAAACACGGGGAUAUAAGGCCAGAUAAGACAGCUGAUGUUCAGACGUCUGAAAAUGAGGCUUAUGAGUUGAUGAGGACAGCUUUUAUAGCGAGCGAUGGCAAGACACCAUUUGAGAAGCAGAAUUCAGAGGAUUUUGAUGGUAUUGAGAGGCCAGAAGAGGACGAGUUUAGGAAGAAGUUAGAUGAUGCCGAGACUCCACUGUACCCGACAUGUCAGAAAUACACCAAGGUUGCUGCUAUCAUGGGUCUUUACCAUAUAAAAGUCAAGAGUGGGAUGUCAGAGAGCUAUUUCGACCAGGUAAUGACAUUAGUUCAUGACAUGCUACCUCAAGAUAAUGUUCUGCCUAAGUCUACGGAUGAGAUGAAAAAGUUCUUAAAGGUGUUUGGUUUUGGUUAUGAUGUCAUCCACGCCUGCAAAAAUGAUUGUAUCCUUUAUAGGAAACAGUAUGCAGAGUUAGUUUGCUGUCCAAGAUGUAGUGAAUCAAGAUGGGAAAGAGAUAAGCACACUGGUGAGGAGAAGAAAGGAGUUCCAUGUAAGGUGCUUAGGUAUUUUCCCAUAAAAGAGAGAUUCAAGAGGAUGUUUAGAUCGAAACGGUUGGCUGAGGAUUUGUGUUGGCACUUCAACAAUGCAACUGAAGAUGGAUCUAUGCGGCAUCCUGUGGAUUCUUUGACUUGGGUUCAGGCAAACGAUAAGUGGCCGGAAUUUGCUUCUGAAGCAAGAAACCUGAGACUAGGUCUUUCUACUGAUGGGAUGAAUCCAUUCUCGAUCCAAAACACCAAGUACAGCACGUGGCCGGUUCUCCUAGUUAACUACAAUAUGGCCCCAACUCAGUGCAUGAAAGCGGAGAACAUUAUGUUGACGAUGUUGAUACCUGGACCAACAGCACCUAGCAACAACAUUGAUGUGUAUCUACAGCCCCUGAUAGAGGACCUCAAGGACUUGUGGACCGAAGGUAUUGAAGUUUAUGAUGCCUUUAAGAAGGAGAGUUUUAAUUUAAGAGCUAUGUUGCUGUGGAGUAUCACAGACUACCCAGCUUUAGGGACAUUAGCUGGAUGCAAAGUUAAGGGGAAGCAAGCGUGUAUUGUAUGUGGGAAGGAGACACCGCAUAGAUGGCUUAAGUUUAGUAGGAAACAUGUAUAUAUGGGCAACAGGAAGCGACUGAUGCCUGGUCAUCCCUACAGACGUAAAAAGGGUUGGUUUGACAACACAGUGGAGUCUGGUGUUUCAAAGAGGAUUCAGAGUGGGAAAGAAAUAUUUGACAGCCUUAGAGGAUUUAGAAAUAAUUUUGGAAGACCAUUAGCUAAAAAGGGGAAGAGUAAAAGGGCAGAAGCAGAAGAUGACGAUGAUGAAGCUGCAACAGCUGAAGAAAUCGAAGAAGAAGAUGAUUUAUGGAGUUGGAAAAAAAGUCUAUCUUCUUUGACUUACCAUAUUGGAAGACUUUGCCAACGAGUUAUUGAUCCAGAGAAGCUACUGACUCUUGAAUCUGAGAUUGUAGAAACAAUGUGCCAGUUGGAGAGAUUUUUUCCACCAUCACUCUUCGACACUAUGUUUCACCUUCCUCUCCAUCUAGCUAAAGAAGCACGCUUGGGUGGCCCUGUGCACUUCAGAUGGAUGUAUCCGUUUGAGAGAUAUAUGAAGACUCUAAAAGCUUAUGUCAAGAAUUUUGCACGACCCGAAGCUUGUAUGGCUGAGGGAUAUUUGUCUAGUGAAUGCAUUGCGUUUUGUAUGGAGUUCCUUCGAAAAUCUGUUCCAGUCCAAGAAGCAAUUAAUAGAAAUGAAGAUAUUGAGGCAAUUCAGAAUGUCCUUGAAGGAAGACCAUUACAGAAAGCUACAGAAGUAACCCUCACAGAUAAGGAGAGAGAUAUAGCUCAUCGUUAUAUCCUCAUGAAUACAGCAGUCAUGGAUCCGUAUAUUGGAAAGAUACCUAAUAACUCGAAGGAACAUUCGAAAAGGCUGAGAUGGCUUGCUUUUGGACCAAGGAAUAUUGCUCACACAUACAAGGGAUACGUGGUGAAUGGACAUCGAUACCAUUGUGAUGAUGUAAAGUGCAGUACACAGAAUAGUGGGGUUGCAUAUGAAGCAUUUUCGAUGUGUCAAGCUAGCGCUAAAGAUUCUAAGCAAAUGGCGGACAUGGUAGCUUACUAUGGAGUGAUAAAGGAGAUCAUAUUGGUGGACUACCACAUGUUCCAAGUUCCCCUGUUUAAGUGUAGUUGGGCUCACAAAGGGAAAGGAGUUAAAGAGGAAGAAGGGUUCACACUUGUCAAUCUUCAUAUGAACCAGUCAUCAUUUGCAAACGAUCCAUACAUUCUGCCAUCGCAAGCUAAACAGGUCUUCUAUUCUAGAGAAGAUGAAAGCUCACCUUGGUAUGUUGUUAUGCGGGCACCACCAAGAGGAUACCAUGAGUUAGAGACAGAAGAGAAGAUCGAUUUUGAACCAUCAGUCCAGCCAAUUGAAGAUAUAGGAUAUCAAUCUUAUGAUGAGAGUUUCUGUGUUAGGGAAGACUGUGAAGGUGUCCUUGUUGAUGUUUAG